AUGGCUAAACGAAAGGCAAUCACUCAAAACGACACAGGGACGUCUGCGCGUUCUUCACAACCUUCAAAGACUAGUGCAAGAAAAGAUGACGACCCGCUGCCGCUGUCGAAAUACAUCUCGAUAGCUGGAACACAAGCCGUGCUCCUGCUCUUCUCAAUGCUCAUGUUGCCUAGGACAACACUCACAUUUGAGAAACUACCCCCUCAGGUGUCGUCCUUGGAUAGACCACAACCAGCUUGGAUGGCCCCAAUUACGGCUUGGCCAGACCUCAGUGUUGCAUGGAUUUGCGUAGGAGCCGCUAUUGUGCAGUCUUAUUGGGCUUCGAAAGCGGUUACUUGGAUUAAGCAAGAUACUAUCAAAGAAACGGGGAAGCAGGACGAGCUUGCGUUACGCCAAGGAGACCGUUCAUUCAAAGAUCUCACACGAGCUUGGGGUGCUACGCUGUUAGGAGGAGUAGCCUUUCACGCUCUAAUUGUCCUCCUUGGUGCACCUAUGACUACCCACGUUCGCCAUACCUUUGCACUUGCACUCUUGAUUUCCAUUCUGGCCGUCUAUGCUCCGGCUCGGAGUUUGACGAUCCCGCUCUGGACGCAAGACGAGCAAGACAUUGCUCUCCGUGCCAAGUGGACCCGAGUCAUCAAUAACCUCAAGGUCAAUACCAGAGCAGAACGAGCUAUCUUAUAUCCAUCGCUAUUCACUGUUAUCGGUGCUUGGUGCGGCGCGUAUCCUCUUGCACUCGACUGGGAUCGUCCGUGGCAAGCAUGGCCUCUUACGCCUGCUGCAGGUGCCAUAAUUGGUCAUGUAGUUGGACUUGGUGCAUCUGUCUUUUCUAGUGAACUUCGUUACACUGCAAACACACAGCUUGAGCACCUUCAUGCUCGCUACACAGGAACGGGGCAUGCGGAUUUGACCAAAUGGGAGUGGGCUACUCAUCAGCAUAGAGACACACUCAGCUCAAUUGUUGGACAUCCAACGCUCACUUCUUAUCUCGCAGUUGCAGACGGAGAAUCUAUUGGAAGGGUCAAGUUUGAAAUGGCAGAGAAAAUGCUGAAUCCUUGCGGACCUCCGCCGCAGAAACAAGACUAG